CGGCCGGAGAUCGCGGCCGAGUCCGCCGCCGCCGGCCCCGCGCGGGGAAGCGUCCCGGGCCGGCCCGGCUGCCGCGCGUGGGGAACGCAGUCGGCGGCCUGGCCCUGCGGCUGAGCGACACCGAGCAGUAGGGAGAUUGAUUGUUAUUAUUUGCUUUGCGGUGGCAAAAAGGGAAAAUGGCGAACGACUCUCCUGCAAAAAGUCUGGUGGACAUCGACCUCUCCUCCCUGCGGGACCCUGCUGGGAUUUUUGAGCUGGUGGAAGUGGUUGGAAAUGGCACCUACGGACAAGUCUAUAAGGGUCGACAUGUUAAAACGGGUCAGUUGGCGGCCAUCAAGGUUAUGGAUGUCACUGAGGAUGAAGAGGAAGAAAUCAAACUGGAGAUAAAUAUGCUGAAGAAAUACUCUCAUCAUAGAAAUAUUGCAACAUACUACGGUGCUUUCAUUAAAAAGAGCCCUCCAGGACACGAUGACCAACUCUGGCUUGUUAUGGAGUUCUGUGGGGCUGGGUCCAUCACAGACCUCGUGAAGAACACCAAAGGGAACACGCUCAAAGAAGACUGGAUCGCGUACAUCUCCAGAGAGAUCCUGAGGGGACUGGCACACCUUCAUAUUCAUCAUGUGAUUCACCGGGACAUCAAGGGCCAGAAUGUUCUGCUGACCGAGAACGCUGAGGUGAAACUCGUUGAUUUUGGUGUGAGUGCUCAGCUGGACAGGACGGUGGGGCGGAGGAAUACCUUCAUUGGCACCCCCUAUUGGAUGGCUCCUGAGGUCAUCGCCUGUGAUGAGAACCCAGAUGCCACCUACGACUACAGGAGUGACCUUUGGUCUUGUGGCAUUACGGCCAUUGAGAUGGCAGAAGGUGCUCCCCCUCUCUGUGACAUGCAUCCAAUGAGAGCACUGUUUCUCAUUCCCAGAAACCCUCCUCCCCGGCUGAAGUCAAAAAAAUGGUCAAAGAAAUUUUUUAGUUUCAUAGAGGGAUGCCUGGUGAAGAAUUACAUGCAGCGGCCCUCCACAGAACAGCUUUUGAAACAUCCUUUCAUAAGGGACCAGCCAAAUGAAAGGCAAGUUAGAAUCCAACUUAAGGAUCAUAUAGACCGGACCCGAAAGAAGAGAGGAGAGAAAGAUGAAACUGAGUACGAGUAUAGUGGGAGUGAGGAAGAAGAAGAGGAAGUGCCUGAACAGGAAGGAGAGCCAAGUUCCAUUGUGAAUGUGCCUGGUGAGUCCACUCUGCGGCGGGACUUCCUGAGACUGCAGCAGGAGAACAAGGAGCGCUCUGAGGCUCUUCGCAGGCAACAGCUGCUGCAGGAGCAGCAGCUCCGCGAGCAGGAAGAGUACAAAAGGCAGCUGCUGGCAGAGAGACAGAAGCGGAUCGAGCAGCAGAAAGAACAGAGGCGGCGGCUGGAAGAGCAACAAAGGAGAGAGCGAGAAGCUAGAAGGCAGCAAGAACGUGAGCAGCGGAGGAGAGAACAAGAGGAGAAGAGGCGCCUGGAGGAACUGGAGAGGAGACGCAAAGAGGAAGAAGAGAGGAGACGGGCAGAGGAGGAAAAGCGGAGGGUUGAAAGGGAACAGGAGUAUAUCAGGCGGCAGCUGGAAGAGGAGCAGCGGCACCUGGAGAUCCUGCAGCAGCAGCUGCUCCAGGAGCAGGCCAUGUUACUGGAGUGCCGAUGGCGGGAGAUGGAGGAGCACCGGCAGGCAGAGAGGCUCCAGAGGCAGUUGCAACAAGAACAAGCCUAUCUCCUGUCUCUACAGCACGACCACAGGAGGCCGCCCCCGCAGCUCCCGCAGCUCCCGCAGCAGCCACCCGUGCAGCAGGAACGGAGCAAGCCGGCCUACCACGCUCCCGAGCCCAAGCCCCACUACGAGCCCGCAGACCGCGCUCGAGAGGUGGAAGAUAGAUUUAGGAAAACUAACCACAGCUCCCCCGAAGCCCAGUCUAAGCAGACAGGCAGAGUAUUGGAGCCGCCAGUGCCUUCCCGAUCAGAGUCUUUUUCCAAUGGCAACUCCGAGUCUGUGCAUCCUGCCCUGCAGAGACCCACGGAGCCACAGGUACAGUGGUCCCACCUGGCAUCUCUCAAGAACAAUGUUUCCCCUGUCUCGCGAUCCCAUUCCUUCAGUGACCCUUCUCCUCCCAAAUUUGCACACCAUCAUCUUCGUUCUCAGGACCCAUGUCCAACUUCCCGCAGUGAGGUGCUCAGUCAGAGCUCUGACUCUAAGUCGGAGGUGCCUGACCCCACCCAAAAGGCUUGGUCUAGAUCAGACAGUGACGAGGUGCCUCCAAGGGUUCCUGUGAGAACAACAUCUCGUUCCCCUGUUCUGUCCCGUCGGGAUUCCCCACUGCAGGGAAGUGGACAGCAAAACAGCCAAGCAGGACAAAGAAACUCCACCAGUAGUAUCGAGCCCAGGCUCCUCUGGGAGAGAGUGGAGAAGCUGGUGCCCAGGCCUGGCAGUGGCAGCUCCUCAGGGUCCAGCAACUCGGGAUCCCAGCCUGGGUCACACCCUGGGUCUCAGAGUGGCUCCGGAGAACGCUUCAGAGUCAGAUCAUCAUCCAAGUCUGAAGGCUCUCCAUCUCAGCGCCUUGAAAAUGCAACUAAAAAGCCAGAAGAUAAAAAAGAAGUGUUUAGACCUCUCAAGCCUGCUGAUUUGACAGCACUGGCCAAAGAGCUUCGAGCUGUGGAAGACGUGCGGCCUCCUCACAAAGUGACCGACUACUCCUCUUCCAGUGAGGAGUCCGGGACGACGGACGAGGAGGAGGACGACGUGGAGCAGGAAGGGGCCGACGAGUCCACCUCGGGACCGGAGGACACCAGAGCCGCGUCGUCUCUGAACUUGAGCAAUGGGGAAACGGAAUCCGUGAAAACCAUGAUUGUCCACGACGACGUUGAAAGUGAGCCGGCCAUGACCCCAUCCAAGGAGGGCACGCUGAUUGUCCGCCAGAGUACAGUUGACCAAAAGCGUGCCAGCCAUCAUGAGAGCAAUGGCUUUGCCGGUCGCAUUCACCUCUUGCCAGAUCUCUUACAGCAAAGCCAUUCCUCCUCCACUUCCUCCACCUCCUCUUCCCCAUCCUCCAGCCAGCCGACACCCACCAUGUCCCCACAGACACCCCAGGACAAGCUCACUGCUAAUGAGACUCAGUCCGCUAGUAGCACACUCCAGAAACACAAAUCUUCCUCCUCCUUUACACCUUUUAUAGACCCCAGAUUACUACAGAUUUCUCCAUCUAGUGGGACGACAGUGACUUCUGUGGUGGGAUUUUCCUGUGAUGGAAUGAGGCCAGAAGCCAUAAGGCAAGAUCCUACCCGGAAGGGCUCAGUGGUCAAUGUGAAUCCGACCAACACAAGACCACAGAGUGACACCCCUGAGAUUCGUAAAUACAAGAAGAGGUUUAACUCUGAGAUUCUGUGUGCAGCCUUAUGGGGAGUGAAUUUGCUGGUGGGGACAGAGAGUGGCCUGAUGCUGCUGGACAGAAGUGGCCAAGGGAAGGUUUAUCCUCUGAUCAACCGAAGACGCUUCCAACAAAUGGAUGUGCUUGAAGGCUUGAACGUCCUGGUGACCAUAUCUGGCAAAAAGGAUAAGUUACGUGUCUACUAUUUGUCUUGGUUAAGAAAUAAAAUACUUCACAAUGAUCCAGAAGUUGAGAAGAAACAGGGAUGGACAACUGUAGGGGAUCUGGAAGGGUGUGUGCACUAUAAAGUUGUAAAAUAUGAAAGAAUCAAAUUUCUAGUAAUUGCUUUGAAGAGUUCUGUGGAAGUCUAUGCGUGGGCACCUAAGCCAUAUCACAAAUUUAUGGCCUUUAAGUCGUUCGGCGAGCUGGCACAUAAGCCACUGUUGGUGGAUCUCACUGUGGAAGAAGGCCAGAGGCUCAAAGUGAUCUACGGGUCCUGUGCAGGGUUCCAUGCCGUGGAUGUGGAUUCGGGAUCAGUCUACGACAUUUAUCUACCAACACACGUAAGAAAGAACCCACACUCUAUGAUCCAAUGUAGCAUCAAACCCCACGCUAUCAUCAUCCUCCCCAACACAGAUGGGAUGGAGCUUCUGGUGUGCUAUGAAGACGAGGGAGUUUAUGUGAACACGUAUGGGAGGAUCACCAAGGAUGUGGUUCUGCAGUGGGGAGAGAUGCCCACAUCUGUAGCAUAUAUUCGAUCUAAUCAGACAAUGGGCUGGGGAGAGAAAGCCAUUGAGAUCCGGUCUGUGGAAACUGGCCAUUUGGAUGGUGUGUUUAUGCACAAAAGGGCUCAAAGACUAAAAUUCUUAUGUGAACGCAAUGACAAGGUGUUCUUUGCCUCUGUUCGGUCUGGUGGCAGCAGUCAGGUGUAUUUCAUGACCUUAGGCAGGACUUCCCUUCUGAGCUGGUAGAAGCAGAGUGAUCCGGGGAUUGUCGGUCUCCAGAGUCUUCAAGAUCCUGAGAACUUGGAAUUCCUUGCAACUGGAGCUCCACGCUGCACCAGUACAGCCAGGACAGCUGUGUGUGCAGACUCACGUGUUGGGUUCUCCCGUUCCUUCCUUCCCGCUCUGACCAGUUUAUCCCUGUUCUUUUCCUUACUCAAAAAUAAAUCAAGGCUGCAAUGCAGCUGGUGCUGUUCGGAUCCUACCAUCAGGUGCUAUACGUGUUUGGGAUUGAGCAUCAGGCCGGAAAGCAAACAUCUUUCCUACAGCUCCAGAAUUCCUUGUCUCUGAAUGACUCUUGUCUGUGGGUGUGUGAAGGUGGCGACGCUGCACACGCCGUUGGUUUUGUUGGCAGUGGGCACAAGGAGGUGAAGCGUGCCGGUGGAAGGAGCAGUUGGCUGAAGCAGAGAGCAGAUUUAAUAUAGUAACAUUAACAAUGUAUUUAAUUGACAUUUCUUUUUUGUAAUGUGACAAUAUGUGGACAAAGAAGAAGGUGCAGGUUUAAGAAGUUAAUAUUUAUAAAAUGUGAAAGACACAGUUACUAGGAUAACUUUUUUGUGGGUGGGGCUUGGGAGGUGGGGUGGGAUGGGUUAAGGGGUCCCAUUUUGUUUCUUUGGAUCUGGGGAGGGAGGGGUCCUGGCCAACAACUCAGUCAUUUUUCUGUGUACCAAGUUUUGCCUAAAUCAUGUGCAGAUGGAAACUUUAAAAGAAAAAAAAAAAAAAGAAAAUGUGUGCAUUUUGUAUAAUGGCCAGAACUUUGUUGUGUGACAGUAUUAGCACUGCCUCAGUUAAAGGUUUAAUUUUUGUUUAAACCUAGAAGUGCAACAGCAGUUUUACCACAGUCUGCACUUGCAGAAGAAAAAAUUCAAACCACGUGUUUAUUUUUUUGCCUACCUCAUUGUUUUUAAUGCAUUGAGAGGUGAUUUAGUUUAUAUGGUUUUGGAAGAGACCAUUAAUGUUUAAUUUAAUCUUAAUACCAAAACUAUGCGAUUCCAGUUUGACUGUUAACUUUGUUACAAAUCUCAGCAGCACAAGAAAACCCUUCCAUGAAGAUGGGAAACGGCCUUCGGCUGAUGCGGCUUGCUUUCUGCGUUUGGAAAGCAGAGUGCCUCAUUUUCCCCAGAUGCACCAUGCGUGGUUGCUGGGGCCGCUGUAGCCUGCAGCGCCAGAGAUCGCAUUGUUCCCAGGUUGGGGGUUGGUAGCAGACAGGUGGUCACGUUAGCAUAGUCACACAAACUGUUCAAUGUUGCAGGAACCUUUUCUUGGGGGUGGAGAUAUUUCCCUUUUUCUAAAAAUGCAAUGCACUAAAACUAUUUUAAGAAUGUAGUUAAUUCUAAUCAUUCAUGAAGACAGCAUCUUCCUGUGUUUUAGGUGUAAUAUCGAAGCCCUGGCUUUUCUCGUUUCUCACUUGCUCUCUUGUUCUCUGUUUUUUUAAAACCAGUUUUACUUUGCGAACAUGUUCACGGCAUUUGCAAUAAAUGUCUUGGUAAUAAUCUG